UGUUGGGAGCACCAAAUAGGGGGUUUGGUGGAGGGAUUGGUAGAUGAAUUGAUCACGAGUGAAGACGGGCUGCACAUUGCAAGGGAAGCUCCCACAAGUAGAUAGAGAGAAGCUCUCACGGAGGAGAGAGCUUUUCUGGAUCUCCAGCAGAACAACCAAGUGUUUGUUUAGCGGAACAAAGUCUCUUGCCUCAAGGCUUCGAAAUUUUAGUCGACACUCAAAUGGAACUCACAGUAGAGAAAGUUGCAGGGAACGACAAAUCAAUGGAAGAAACGAAAGAGCUACGGAACGAAAAAGGGACAACAGAGAAGACUGAGGAGUGCAGUUCAAAGCCUAACCGUAAAUUUGUCCCACGCCCCCCAAAGAAGGGUCAGAUCAAGCAUCAGAUCAUGUCUAACCUCGUCAGGACCUUGGCGAGCAUGCCGGUUGAAACUACGUCCACUACCGGGGCAAGGAGUGAACAAGAAUCCAAUGAGCCCCAGCUGCCUGACAAGUGGUGCAUCUACAGGGUUCCCAAGAAACUCCGCAAAACAAACGAUGCAGCAUACACUCCUCAACUACUUUCAAUAGGCCCUUUGCACCAUGGAAAAUCAGAACUCAAGGACAUGGAGACCUAUAAGAAAAUGUAUUAUGAGAAUUUUUGUAAACGAUGUACGAAUACGAAGGACGAACUGAAAGGCUUCAUCGGAGAUAGAAAAAAGAAUAUUCUUCACUGUUAUGCAGGGCCUACUGAGCUUGUCUACAACAUUGUGGACGUAAUUUUAGUUGAUGCCUGCUUCAUCAUCCAGCUCUUUUUAUUGAACUUUGAAAAAAGUUCUGAUGAUUACAUUUUGAGAUCAGAAUGGUUGAGGAAAGCUGUAGAGCACGAACUGAUACUGUUCGAAAACCAGCUUCCUUAUUCUCUUCUUGAAGAACUGUAUAAGUUUGCCAAGCCUGCAGCCUCUCCCAGCUUGCAUCCCGUCAAAGAGUCACAAGAACAAAAAGUGGAAGGAAAUGAAUCCAGCAGGGACAACCAGCAGUACAGCUCCUGCUCGACAAGUCCCCGUGAGCAUACUAUUUCUAUAGAUCAGAGUGGCAAACAAGACGAACCUGAACCUACAUUUCUUAAGCUUACAUGUGAGUUCUUUGAAGAUUAUAGUCAGGGAAAUUCCCCCGGGAAUGGAGUAAAACCGAAACAUUUCACUGAUUUGCUUAGACAUUUUCUGUGUCCAGAAGAAAUGAAAUUUCAAGAGAAGGAUGCCCCUGUAAAAAGUAAAUACGACGUAAGAAAGCUGACGGCAGCAGGGGUGAAGUUCAGGCCCCUUCAUGAAGGUACUGUACAGUACGUCAUAAAAAGAGACAGUGAUGAGGCCCACAAAUGUAAGUUCAACUUGCCAUGUUUUAGAAAUAUGAAGCUGAAGCUUACACAGUUUUGCGUUAAGUAUGAUACAGAAUGUGUCAUUCGAAAUGUCAUGGCUUUGGAGCAGAUUUUGUACCCGCGCGAGCCUUAUAUUUGCAGCUACUUUUUGCUGAUGGAUCAACUUGUCGAUACCGUGGAAGAUGUGGAUUUGCUGGUUGAGGAACAAAUUAUCGUUAACUUGCUAGGCAGCAACAAAGCAGUUAUGAAGCUGGUUAAUUCACUCUGUGAGCAGAUUAAGGAGGAUAAAUCCUGCUAUUCUGAUCUCUGUGUAGAGCUAAAUAAGCACUACGAGAUCAGUAAAGUGAACCGAAGUGUGGCAAUCCUCAAACGAGUUUACUUCAAGGAUCUUUGGACAAGCAGUUCAACUGUACUUGGAGUCGUUGUCCUGCUUUUCUCAGUCGUUGGAACAAUUAAGUCUCUAAUGUCGUAGGAUUUAAGCUUGUUCGAUUCGUAAUCUUAAUAAAUAGACAGCAUAUUAAUUUCAGUCAUUACUUCAAGUGAUGAACUGGACAAUAAGUUGGUUAGUGUUAUAUCUUCAACAUUAAGUUUGAGUUACUAAUUAGUUCUGUUAUUGUUGUUAAUAAAAAGGCCUACAAGGUUUAAGUUG